CAGAGGUUCUACCAAGGAACUGUCCUUCAAAAGAUCGAUUUUCAAUUUAAAGAAAAAUAGUGAUAAUAUUUUUGAUAUUUUGUUGUAAUCAUCUUUUUUAAUCAUUAAUAUUUUAUGCAAAUUUUCUAAUGAUGAGAUUAAUCAAUUAAAAGCUCGGGAGCAUCAUGGAAAACCCAUGUUUACCAAUAACUUAUCGCAGCCUCGUAACAGAACAUGCGUUCUCAGUUCGAAUUGUUAUUAAAUUCUGAAGAAAAACAUCAAAAUAUGGCGAAAAUCAAUAGCAGUGGAAAUACAACUGAAAAUAGUAAUAGUGGUUGGAUUUAUUUGCAUUUUUUCAACUGGAAAGUAAUAAAAUGUGAGAGACUAAGUGGAAGAAAAGCUGUAUUCCAUAUAUUAUGACGAUAGUGAAACAUGGAAAGUCCUAAAAUAUGUGGAAUGAGGAUUGAAUUUGAUUUUACUAUUGUUUUGUUUACUUGUGUAGUCUCUAUUCAUCGUAGUUUUUAUCACAUUAUGGAAGAAUCAGGUGAAAAAGCUUCAUGCGAGAAAGGAGCUGAAGAUGCAUUACACCAUUUGCAUGAAAGCAGACAAAUGAAUGAUCUUACACGUUCUUCAUCGUCAUCAUCAAGCGAUAAUUGCAACUACUGUGUUAACAACUGUUCCUGUUUAGAAACAGGAUACGUGAGUCAAAUAGGAGAAAAAAUAUCAACUUGUGCAAAUGGGAAACGAGAAGAAGUUAUCUGGGCCUUUGGGAUUAAUAUAUCAACAGCGGCAAAACCCACACCAAGAACUACACCAACAAGACGUGAAUUCAUAACCAUUUUCUUUCGAAAUCUCAUCGGACAAAAACAUUUAUUUGUGAAAUCAACUGUUUCGUUAGUUUUGAAUUUUUUUCUAGCAAUAAGUAUUUUAUGCACACUAUUUUUAUACGGUAAUAGAGAUUCGCCUAGAAUUUUAUCGACUUUGAACGAAACACAAGUAUGUAUUGCUUGCAAUGGUCUUGGACUACAUAGAAGUGCAUUAUCCGCUUAUAAACAAUUGUAUAAUAUUGACAGAGUGAAAACAGAUGAAGGUAGCCUUCUUUGUUGUUAUGAAAAUCAGCGUCACGUGUACUGGUUACUCCACAUGGUUUUCUUGAGGUCCCAGUAUCUCGAGGGUGGAGAUAACAGAGACCCGUUAUAUAGACAUGCUGCAUUGACGUACCUGCAUGCAGUUCAAGUCCCUCAACCCGGAAUCUCGCAUUGGAACACACCAAAAAUUAAAGAUGUUGGAAGACAACAACCAUGCCCAAAUCCCACUUACAAUUUAAGUUUCAUCAGCGAUCUUGUUGGUGAGCAUACAGAAAUGCGUGUGGAUAACAACGGACUUCACAUUGAUGACAGUGGGAUGUACUUCGUGUUUAUGACACAAUGUUUAAGAACAGAGGACAGAUGUAUUUCAAAUCCUACACCUAAUUUUAAAAUGCAAAUGCAGUUGAAAAGCACUGAAAAAGUUUUAAUACAAUCAGACGUAGUUAGAGCAGCGGGAAGCUUGGUUUUCCAACCAUACGCAUAUUGUUUAUUUACAAGACUUCACCAAAGAGAUUCUUUGGGAAUGAACAUAUCAGAGCACAAAUAUUUGAAUUUAAUGCUUGGCAGCAACGUUUUUGUCGCCUUUAAGUUACAUGAUCCUAGUAAGAAAGGUUAAAACAUAGUUGUUAUAAAUUAUUUCUAUUAGGACAUUGAUUGUGAAUUAUGGCAAUAUUAUGUUUAUUAUGAACGAGGCAGGUCCCGAAGUACACUUUUCUUCUCUACUUUUGAAAUAUUGUUCAUUCGACACUGAAUUAGUUCUUAUAACAUUUUAAUAAUAGUAUUUUUGUAUGUAUUAUUCAGAAAGUUUUUGUUUUUGUUUCAUUAUUUUUUCGCCCAUAAAAAAGCUACUAAUUAUUAAAAGCUAUAAGAUUUGUAGUAAGUUGAAUGGCUAAAUGAAAUGAUAUGUCACACUCCAUGAGUAGCAAAACUUUCUUGAAUUUUGGUGAAAAGUUACAUUUUGCAAAACGAACAAUAUUUCAAAUUGAAGUGACUGUAUGUAAAUUCAGAAUGGUAUAUCUUUGACAGAAAUUUGCUGGUACAGAUAUGAACGAUACUAUGUCUUAGAGUUAUUUUAAAACAUUUGCUCAUUGAUCAUAUAUUAUCAGGCAUUUGAUAAAAUCAGUCAUUAUGUAUUUACUAUAUACUUGGUCCAUUCAAAAUGGCGUUGUUUGUUUAUACCAUAACUCAUUUGCAUCCAUUGAUCAAGCAUGGUUAUGAUUUGCAGAUAUUGUUGUAAGCAGCUACAAAACACCAGUUGGAACACACAAUUGUUAUUAAUAUAAAUUGAUUAUAAAACUGUUUAGGACAUUUUGCAAAAACAUUGUAAUUCUAAUUUGGGAAAAGGAUUAUUCACGUAUAGCCGUCUAUGGAGUGAAAUGAAAUUAAACAACUGAUAAGUGACCAGGGGAUAUCAAACAUUCCACUUCUUAAGGGCAGUGAACAUUUCCAAGCAGCAAUUUGUACUUUCAUGAAAAAUCUUAUUAUGGAUAACAAGUGUAUACAUUUAUUAAACAGCAAAACACAGUGCAAGAAGAGGCAGCAUUCUCCGAUACGAAAUAUCUCCUGUGCCUUUCUGUUCCUUGGGUCACUUAUCAGCACGUAAUGUUAUACAAUGACAAUAAGAUAUAUCGGAAAGGUUGAAAAUAAAACGGUUAAAUUGACUAACAACUUUUUACUUCUCAAUUUUUACUUGAAACUGAUUUUGCUGUAGAUGGCAUUUCUUAAAGGUUGCCAUUCUUUUACAGCACUGUUUGGUAUCCGAUCCUGUAAUGAAAUACACAAAAAUUAAUGCAAAGAACAUCUAUAUUCUUCAGGUUGAUAAUACGAUAUUAUAAUUCUUAAGGGUUUGAGAUUUCCUUUCAAUGUCAUUCAACAUUUUGAAUGAUAUCUAAAUGAGAGUGUACUCAAAUGUAAUCAUUUAUUCAAACUUCAGACAAUGAUAACUAAAGUAUAAAGUUGUUAGUCUUUGACGUUUGAUUAUUAUGAUUGUUAUAAUCCAUAUGUUAAUACUGGACACCGAUUUACUUUUGCGGCUCAAUAGGUUGACGUAUUUUUAUUUAAUAUAGUAAUUGUAUAGAAUAAUUCCUCUUAGUGUUUCAUCAAAUCUUUCAAAUUAAAAUUCAUAACUUUAAGCACGCAAAAAUAAAUGGUCUGCAGUAUUUUACCAACUUUCAAUGUGUUGUCCUCACUGGUCCAUGCAAUGUAUAAGGAUAUCAAAUAUCCUCUACUGGCAGCAUUUUUAAACCCUAAAUUUUGUAAUAAGUAAUUGGUGUUUUCUUAUUCCAAAUUAUGCAUUAAUAUGUAUUAUUUCUCAAAAUACACAGGAAUGUAACAUAUUUAAUUUCCAGAAAUGUUCUGGGUGUUAAUGUGGGCAGCUACGUGUACAUUUUCUAUACAAUGAUAGUAUACUAAACUGUGUUCUUUAAAAGAAUAGUUGACAGUUUAUUAAAAAUGCCCUUAUUUCAAUAUAACAUACAUUCCUUAAAACUUUUAGGCAGCAUGUUUAAAUAAAUUAGAAAUACAAACAUAAAAUACUUGAAAAGUGUUGCAGUAUGGAAACAUAUAGUAAAACUGUAAACAUAAAUUCAAUAAAAACAGAGCAAAAUACACAUUCAUAAUUGUUUUCGAUUUUCACUUUCAACUUGACUAAUAGUUAACAACUUUUCGUUGAUUCCAAUAUUUUAAAGGUAAGCUAAUGACAUACGUAUCACUUGUUUCUUCUUUUAAGGCAUUUGUUUUAUUUACUUGUAAUAUAUUUGUAUAUUGUUUCUUAUCGCUCACUUCUCCCUUUCAAAUGAUGUUGAAUAUUAUAGUUGUUUAAGUUAUAAUGUGGCACUAUGUGCCUUUUUAUCAUUUUUAGAAUAUUUCAGUACUAAAGGAAUUUUACAUGUUUAAUUUAUUCUUAAAAUACAUGUUGUUGUUAAUAUUUGUUACAUUAUUUAUUUUGAUAAUUUUGUUAACUUUUUCUCUAAAUGAUUUUAUUUGUAAGUAAUAUUCGCUUUUGGAUCUCUCACUUGUAACCGUUUCUAUUGCUAUAAGCUUUUCCAAUUUUUAUAAAUAUUUUUUUCCUUCUGAAUACAUUAAUGGUUUUAAGAAGUUUUUAUUAUAAAAACUUUUUUUAUUUAUAUCAAAAAGCUUCAACAAGUUUCAAAUGAAUUUAUGAAACAUUUAAAAAUUGGAUCACAAUUAUAAAUUAUUUAAUAUUUCAUUUUGAUUUUCAUAUUUUCUGUUAUGUGCCUUAGCAGUGUCACGGUAGGACAAAUACUAAAUUAUAUAUUAACUGAGUGUCAAAUGUAUAAAUGGUAAUGUGUCAAAUAUAAGGAAGAGUUACUACAUCUCCAGGAAUAUUCAUUUGCAGACAUGGACGGUGUUUAGUGCUAUUUUGGAUUAUUUAAAAAUCUGGAGUGAUAUAACAUCUUUCCAUCCGUCCCUUACAUUUCAUUUCUGUCACUGACUUAACUUAUAAUCAAUGCAGAUGAAAUGCAUUUAAUCUGCACCAUGUUUAAAAUCCUAUUUUUGCCAGAAAUUCCACAAUUAAGAAAAUAUAAUAACCACUCCUUUUUAAGUUUUCUAAAUCACUUUCAUUGUUAUGAGGUCCAUCGCUGGCAUCUUGCUUCAGAUCAUCAAAUUGUCACAUUGAUAGCGGCUGUAAAAUUGUAUAUAUGUGUUACUUGUUUUUUGGAUUAUUAUUUUCUUCCUAUCUCCGUAAGUUUCUGUACAUUUUAUAUCACAAUGUCCCACCAAAUGCUUCGACAAUAUAUGUUAUGAUGGUAUAUUUUAACUUGUCAGUUCUCAGAAUAUGAUGUAAUUGCAUGAAAGCCAAGAUAACGUACAGUAUUGUUAAUUAUCAUUCAUCUUAGCUUCUAAAUACAUGCAUGAUAUGUCAUUAACAUCUUACGACUGAUUUUAUUUUGUGAGUAGUAGGAUAAUUUCUUGAACACAAAUGCAUCUAUAAAUGAAUAUUUUUUUAAUAUGGAACUUGAUAAAAUAAUACAUUAUUGCUAGCAUUAACAGUAACAGUCUACAUUAUGUUAAAUUAGUUUUUUAUCUAUGUUUUUUAACAUUUGAUUUCAGGUUUUAUUUAAAAUUGCAAGAAAAAUAUUUCUGAAAAUAAGUUACACAUUUAACUACUCACAAAACACGAUGCACUUUUUUUGAAUAAAAUACGACCAAAUUAUCUUAUGUUUUGAUUGAUAAUAAACUUUGAAUAUACAUAAUUAAAUGUUUUGAAGAAGUGACAACAUUAGACAUUUAUUUAUAUAAAUAUAUGAUUAUUUUAUAACUGUUAAAUUUGAUAAUGUUCAUUUGUUUAUUAAGUUAUAAGGUAAGUGGUCACGCUAUUAUUGUAAUACACUAAAUAUUGCCCAACAAAGAAAGGUUCAAGGCAAUUAAGUAAAACUGUAAAAUUUUAUUGUAGUCUGAUAAACAUUUUUGCACUAGAAAUGUCAUCAGAUGAGUGCCAUAAUUUUGCUGCUUGUUGCAGCUUCUUCAAUUUAUGACCGUGAUUUCUAUGUAUUUUAUUUAUAUUUUUGUCCGUUUUAAGAUUAUAAAAUGUACAAUGUGUUGUUGAAUGGUAUUGUGGAAAAUGUUUCUGCAGAAAAGAGUAAUGAUAUUACCUUGAAUAAAUAUUUUUCUGUUUAAAAACCAGGUACACACUUUAUAGAUAUCUUAUUUCGUCUUUUUUGCUGGUGACACUAUAUUGUAUUAUUUUAUAAGGGGUUAUCUCCCGUUUUUUAAUGAUAUGAAGCAUUUAGAGAAAAUUGUUGGAGUCAUUUAUCCUUCACGUUUCAUAAAGCUUCAAAGAUUUUCAAUAUAAACAACCAUACAUUAAGUCUUUUACUAUGAAAUUAAAAUUUGUACGGUUAUAAAAUCCUCUGACAGGAUGUUUUUCAUGGACAUUACUGUUUACUGCGCAUUUUAACCAAUUUAGCAAUAAAAUGACCUUUUAGAUGUAAAAUUUUUCAGCAAUUAGCACAGAGUUGCAGAUAGAAUGUCAUUGUAUUUGAUGCAGAUUUAAUAGAAGCUCACUCGAAAGUAAAUACAUUUAAUGUUUAAAAAUGUUGUUUAGGAGAUGUUUAUAAUUCCAUGUCAAUACACAUGUUCUUAGACAAACGUAUUGGAGAAUUCUCAUGAAAAUUCAUAGAAUAAACCUUUCCUUUUCGAAAUUCCUGAAUAUCCUUAUUAUUGAUAACCAAUGAAUAUACAUUCCAUAGUUAAAAAAAAUCUAAUUUUCUAUAUCUUUUUUUUAUUUACUAUGACAGAUUUCUGUCAAUGCGUGUAUUUCUAUACUCGCAUUAAAUCUUUUUGAAUCGAGUAACAUUAGCGAGUAACAUUUUCAACAUUUGUGCUAUUUCGUGCCAAAAUUUAGUUAGAUGCUUAUCAAUACUUUACAAUAGUUUCCUUUUUAGUAGAUAUUUGCACCUAUUAAUGUUUGUCGUUGAAAAAAAGAUAGUUAUCAAAAAUCUUUCUCAAAAUAAUUGCGUGAGUUUUACUUAUUUUAGAAGCACUAUUUUUGACUACAUACUUCCAAUAUAAUCGCUUGGUUUAUCAAAGACCAUGUGCAACUUACUUUUAACUCAACUCGAACUAGGAUACGAAGGGGAACGAUUGACAAGUUUUGGCAAUAUAUUAAACAAAUAAAUAAAACCGAUGGUUAAUUAUUUUAACUGUAAAAUUCACUUUUUGGGUAAAGAUUGCAUGAAAUACAAUCAACACCCUUUAGAACUAGAUUGAUAUCUAAAUCUUCUAAGGUUUACCACUACUUAUGUUAUACACAAAAUAUAGUGCAUUGAUCAUAAAUUCUUUACAUCUUAUCCAUGUACAUUUCCGGAAAUUUAUCAAUGAAAUGUAUGCUCACAUAAUGUUGUUAUAUUUGUCAAGACAAUUACAUAACUAUUUUAAGGUGCAGGAAUAUAGCAUCUGUCCUAACAAUAUCAAAAAGUCAUCUUGAAAAUUAGAGUUAUCUUCCUUUGUCCAUAAUUGUAAUUGAAUCAACUUCAACCGAUGCUUUAAACAAUGACAUAUUUAAUUUGACUUCAAACUGAUAUUAUAAAGCUAUGAUUACCUUCCAGUGCUUACAAGCACUUUGAUUACAAAAUGAGAUCAGCAUAUUCUUAAUAUAACUGCGAUAUCAACAGUAUGUUAAUUCAACUUACAUUAUCAACAUAAAUGAAAGUAAAUGAUUCUUAUUUCGUCAAUUGUGUAUUCAUGUUCAUGUUUCCUCAUAUUAUAGAUUAUGUUCAAAGUAUCAUUUAGAUAAUUACAUCAUUACAUUAAAAUACAAUAAUACAUUUACAGAAACAAGAAAGUUAUAUCCUAUUCAAAUGUAUCGGCGAUUUAUUAUUUUAAAGUUUCUUUUCUUUCUUCGGAAGACAUUAUUAGGUGUUAUUCUGUUUAGCUAAACGUGUUGUGUAUGUCUUGUGCUUAUAAAAUAUUGUUACUUAUAUAAAUGAUAAAUAAAGCAGCUAAUGAAAGACA